AUGAAGUUUACGAUACUGGUGGCAUCGGUGGCUGUCGUCAUCUCGGCAACACUGGCGCUGGAGUUUGAGAGCCGAAAGCUGCAGCCGGAAGCGAUCGCCGAGCACGAUGGACUGUCGAUGCUGGAGCAAACUCCGGCCGAAGAUCGCCAGUGGCAGGCGGUGAAGAAGCACGAGAAGCGCCAGACGGGCAAGAAAAUCCACAUCUUCCUGGGCAAGCCGAAAAGCAAGAAGCCAAAGAAGCACGCAGCCUCCGACGGUGAGCCGGAAACGCAGACGCGCAAAACGCCCGAGCUGACGACACGCUCGGAUAAGGGCGUCAUCGAUACGACCUCGGAUGCGCCGGAUGCGGCCGUCGGUGAGAGUCAGCACUACGAGAUCGGCGAGCACAACAUCGUGAAGGAGAAGAUCAAGAUCAAGCACCAUCAUCACCAUCACCAUCACAACCACGUGAAGACGGUGGUCAAGAAGGAACCGUAUCCGGUGGAGAAGGUCGUGCAGGUCCCGGUCGAGAAGAUUGUGCACGUGCCAAAGCCCUACCCGGUGGAGAAGAUCGUUGAGAAGGUGGUUCACGUCCCCGUGGAGAAGAUCGUUCACGUCCCGAAACCCUACCCAGUGGAGAAGAUCGUCGAAAAGGUCGUGCACGUCCCAAAGCCUUAUCCGGUGGAGAAGAUCGUCGAAAAACCGGUGCACGUCCCGAAACCCUACCCAGUAGAGGUGAAGGUGCCGUACCCGGUGGAGAAGAUCGUGCACGUUGACAAGCCCUACCCGGUGGAGAAGAUCGUCGAAAAGGUGGUGCACGUCCCGAAGCCCUACCCGGUGUACAAACAGGUGCAGGUUCCGGUUCCGGUUGAGGUGAAGGUACCUUACGAGGUCCCCAAACCCGUGCCCUAUCCUGUCGAGAAGAAGGUGCCCUAUCCCGUUGAGGUAAAGGUUCCUGUUGAGGUCGAGAAAAAGGUUCCGGUUCCGGUGAAGGUCGAAGUCGAGAAGAAGGUACCGUAUCCGGUGAAGGUGUACGUCCCACAACCGUACCCCGUGGAGAAGAAGGUCCCGUAUCCAGUGCCAGUUAAAUCGGGCUCUUUCCCAUUCCCCUUCGACAAGGAACUCUCGUCGACUAGCUACUCGAACACGCGUCUGCAUCCUUUCGAAUCGCAACAGCACGAGGAAUACGCUGGAUUAGAGGACAGUUACCGCCGCACGACCAAGACGGGAUACAAAAAGAGCAAGGGCAAAAAGUCGAAGAAGACGGAACAACAACAGCAGUCCCAGCAGCACGCAUCCAGCGCACCAGUCACCGAGGACAAUACGGGCGAUGCACAGACGGGCAUGGGAGCGUCGUACUCCUCACUCAGCACCGGAAGUGACCACGGAGCUCACUACACUCAGACCACCGUCUUCCACAGCGGCUCCGGACAUCAAGCACAACAACACCAGCAACAGCAGCAGCAGCAGCAACAACAAUCUCAUCAGUCUCUUCUUCAACAGCACCAGGACCAGCUCCAGCAGUAUCAGCAGCAACAGCAGCAACAGCUACUGCAACAGCAACAGCAGCUUCAACAGCAGCAGCAGCAACAACAACAGCAGCAGUACGGCAACGUUGAUGCCACCAGUUUCUUCAACCACCAGCUCAUCCACUAUGGUCAGCAGCCAAAGUACGGACCCUCCACGUUCCCGAGUCAGACUUCGCAGGGUGCUGACUACGGAACGGGUCCUCAAUCGACUGGCCAGGAUGGAGGGCAGUACGGACACCUGUUGCACGGUGGUUCCGAUCACUACGGAUCCGGAUCGAACCAGCAGGAAGUGAUCGUAACGCCACCAUCCGGUAACGGUGCCACGGGAAUGCACCACACAACCGGUUACGGUCAGCAACCAGUUACGUACGCACUCACAGCACCGUCGAACCCGGGUGGUAGUUUCCAGCUCGAAUCACAACCGCAACCAUUCCAGCUACUUCAGCUGGCUCCGUUCCAGUAUCAAACACCAACCGGGUUUUCGUUACCAACCGCCCGAUAA